AUGCGAUGCCUACAUCAACUUAAGACUAAGCUGGGCUACAACGAAUUUUUCUUCGAUGGCAUCCUAACAAAUGGACGGGAUAGAGUAUUUCUGCAGCGUGUUCCUUUUGAGGUACUUCAACUGGGAGCAUACGGUAUUUCUUCCGUCAAUGUGGAGGAUAGUAUUUGGCUGCAAUCCAAAUACUGUGAAGGAAGUGAUGUCUUUUAUAAAGUUGGUGUACCCGCCAGAGAGUAUCGUCGCUUUCACACACCAUUUCUCUGGGUUGCCAAUCUCGCGAAACACUUCGUCGACUUCCUCGACUCUAUGAAACAGAAUGGGACAAAGGUAUCCAUACAGCAUUUUCGGGGCGAUUUUAAACACUGGCUUCUCAAAGUUCAUAAGGAUGCUCCCAAGCUAGGAGAUUGGCUUGCUCAAUACCCAUCAGAUGACUUCCGAACAUCAGUUGUUGCUAAUGUUUCAUUUCUUUAUAAGGAAUUCUACGCAAUGUGUUCUCACAAGGAGCUGGGACAUCAUGUUAUCUGGGCAGAAAUCUGGGACUUGACAAAGUAUCCAAGUGAGUCAGACGGUACGGCUAAUGAGUCGACUAUUGUCACCGACUAUAUUUAUCGACUCUUUGCACACUUGCCAUUUGGCGAUCGACUUCAGAGUAUUCGAAUGAGCUCAAAGACCACGGGGCUGAGAAAGAAAGUAACGGGGAAAAAUGGCCUCGAACUAGCCUCCCUAACUUCAACUGUUGAUACAUCUGUGGACAACUUUACUGAGCAGCUCACACGUAGCGUUAAACCUGGCGAUACAAUAUCUACAAGAAGAGAUAAUGAGGACUGUGGGUCGGAUUGGAAAAGGGAGCUUCCCAAUAGCUUCACAGACGUUGAUCGAUGGUUUGCUUUAGUCCAGAAGAUCUGCAAGAAAGACGACAGAAACAUGUAUUAUGAAGUACUGUGGUACUAUCGACCCGCUGAUACACUUUGUGGCUUAAUGAAAUACCCAUGGAGCAACGAGUUGUUCCUGUCAGAUCAUUGUUCCUGCUCUGAGAAAUACAAAAUCCCAGCCAAUGAGGUCAUUGGUGUUCAUAACGUUGAGUUCGGAGGGGACUCCUCAACAAAGUCGGAGUUCUUUUGCAGGCAAGUCUACUUCAGCAGAGAAAAGAAGUGGGAGGCUCUUCAGAACACUGCCCUCUUUUGUUCUCACAUGGCGCCAUCUCGGGAUCAUGUCGGCAGGAAUUACCAGCAGGGAGACACGGUUCUUAUCCAAUCUCGAACAGAAAGCUUGACUUCUGAACCCUGCGAACUCGUUAGCAUGUGCAUGAGUGGUAAAAUGACCCGUCUACGGUGUCGAAGACUGAUUCGACGAAACAAUUUCGACAGUACCGCCUCCACUUUUGCCUGCAAUGAGCUGGUGUACAGCAGUGAACUUUUUGAGUGCAGCGUCGAUGAUAUAGUCGCAGAAUGUCAUGUACGCUUCUUUGAGCAUGGAACUACGAUUCCGACGCCAUAUGAUCGGAAAGGGGUCGGAGGUUUCUUUUUCAUCACUCACCGUCUAUCACCAAAUGGGGAGUGUAUUCCACUAGAAACUUUCCCUCAGUCAUUACGCCAAGGCUUCGAUCCUACUGUUGCCGCACCGAAGCUCCGAGGGCUGGACUUAUUUUGCGGUGGAGGCAACUUUGGAAGGGGACUGGAAGAAGGAGGCGCAAUUACAAUGCGCUGGGCCAACGACAUCAAUAAGAACGCAGUACAUACGUAUAUGGCUAAUUGCAGCCAGUCGAAGUUGAUGAGCCCCUUCCUGGGGUCUAUAGAUGAUCUGCAAAGGCGAGCAUUCGGCGGAAGCUUUUCCAAAUCAGUGCCUACUGUAGGGCAUGUAGACUUCAUCUCGGGAGGCAGUCCGUGUCCUGGCUUUUCAUAUCUGACUAACGACAAGACGACAGAACACCAGCGCAAGAAUCAAUCGCUUGUGGCGGCCUUUGCGUCCUGCGUAGAUCUAUAUCGGCCAAAAUAUGGACUGCUAGAGAAUGUUCCUGGCAUUGUUCAGAACAAGACGAAUCGACAUCAGGACGUCCUUGGCCAGCUUAUAUGUGCAAUUGUUGGUAUGGGUUACCAAACACAGUUCUUCUUGACACAUUCGUCCUCUCACGGAUCAGCACAAGGACGGCCACGAGUCUUCCUCAGUUUUGCAGCACCAAACGUCAAGCUACCUAACCGGCUACAUCAAACGCACUCAUACCCUAUGGACACCAGAACCAUGAAUUUUGGCCAGCUCUCAACAGGCAGUCCUUAUGCCAAAAUAGAGAUGGCACGGGCACCCCCGUUUCCGCACGCCACCGCCCAACAAGCAACUCAAGACCUGGUGAAGUUGUACGACGGUCAGCCGGAUACGUGUAUUACGUUCCCUGACCAUCGAUUACCAACCGGAUUAACCAGGCAGUUGCGAGUAAGGCUCUCAUUAAUUCCCAACCGACCAUGGGGUAUGAAUCUGAGCAUGGCGUCUAAAGCAACGCUCACACCAGCAGAGAUGUCUGUAUUUCGCAACGUGACUAAGGGGACAUUGGCAUCGAAUAGAACAGAGUCCAUUUACGUGAAUUCUUCCGCUUUUGGUCGUAUGUUCCCCAAUAAACUCAUGGCAACCAUCACAACAAAACAAACUCUUGGCGAUCACAAAAAUGGUCGCCAAUUACACUGGAGUGAGAAUCGAGGACUUUCCGUCAUGGAAGCCCGUCGAGCUCAAGGGUUUCUAGAUGAUAAGAUCAUUUUGGGCACUCCAGCGGAACAAUUCAGAAUUGUGGGCAACAGUGUUGCACGAGAAGUGGCCUUGGCGCUAGGGUUAUCGAUUCGCGAUGCCUGGGUAGAAACCUGUGCCAGCUCGCCAACCACAGAAACAACAAGUCAUUCACGCAGGUCACUCAAACGACACUCUAUUGGAGACCACUAUGAUGAUUGCAGGACUACCAAUAGCGACGACAAUGCCGUCACAGAUUUGGUUGCUGCGACGCCCAUAAUACCCCGGAAGAGAAGAAGACUUGUGUGUGCAAAUCUAUCAAAUGCAGUGCUUACAAAGGAUAUGUAA